AUGGCUUCGGACCUUGGAAUUGGUCCCCGCAAGAGGCGGAGGACCAGUCCUCCAGGGACUGCGCCUUAUGUGCUACGAUCCCUCUUCGAGGAUGUCCCGUUGGCAACCGAGCAUAGCUCCGAUGUCUACAUCACUUGCGUUGAAUAUUGGAAUGAAAACCUAUAUAUCGGUACCUCUGCAGCUGAGAUCCUACACUUUGUAUGCCUUCCGCCAGCUUCCCCGGACGAGUCAAGCGAACCCACCUUCAUACUGGCGUCCCGAUUGCCUAUCAUAUUCGCCCAAAGCCCCCCAGCGGGAAGUGAUCAACAAGGCGUUCGGCAGAUAGUUAUCUUAUCCUCAGUGGGCAAAGCAUGUGUUCUCUGCAAUGGCACCGUUACUUUCUAUAUGCUGCCGGAGCUCAGCCCGGCCUUUGGAACAACAAAGGUUAAUCAGUGUCGCUGGAUCGGUGGUCUAGAUCUCAAUCGGGAUUCAGAGGAACAUGAAGAUCCUACAGUGAUGAUCGCCGUCCAGAACAGGAUGAUGUUGGUCCAAAUCGGAGACGAGGCACGUCGGAUCAAGAAGAUCGAGUUCCCCGGUUGCUUGGUUGCGGCACGACGAGGAACCAUUGCAUGUGCUGCUGACGCACAUUCGUAUUCAUUGCUUGAGGUGGCGCACCAGCAGAAGAUACCUCUCUUCCCUAUCUCCUCCUCAAGUGAGGUCUUCGAGUCGGGACAUGUCGAAGAUAUGAACCCAGCGCCGCCAACCCCGCUUAAGCGCUCACCCUCUUCUUCAUAUCCUAACUCGCCGCCUGUUGAUCCCCGUGGGCAUGGUCGAAGUAGCAGUACAAAUACGUUUGUGGGGAUGCUCUCACCACAUGCACAAGGCUCUCAGAUAGACAGAUCACCGUCAGGGACACCGGACCCUUUCACAUCCAGUGGCACCCUUCGAAGAUCGAGCUCGGAAGAGCAGAACCACUCUCCAAGCCACGAUAUCUCCAAGCCAUUACCACCUGUGCCGCCACCAUCAAAGCAAAGCUCGAAGCGUCUGCAGCCUCAUGUAGUGUCUCCGACACCCUCAGAGUUCUUACUAGUCACAGGAACUGAAGCAACAGAGCCGGGUGUUGGAAUGUUCGUGGACAUGGACGGCGAAGUGGUCCGGGGCACGAUCAACUUUCACCGAUUCCCCAAGUCAGUUGUAAUUGAUACCGGUGAAAGCGAUCAAAUCUUCCAACCAAGUGAAGAUGCCAAAGAAGAGUUCAUCCUUGCUGUCAUCGAAGACGAUGAAGAAGGACAAUCACGUACUCGACUUGAAAUCCAACGUUGGGAUGAUGACCCAGGCGAGAUUGAGCGGAAUAGGAGAUGGAUAGAUCUCCCGCCUCCUGGAGAAGACAAAACUCCCGAAGUUGGCCUCAAGCACACGCUGAGCCCCAGCCAUCUCGAGCUCAAUGAGAUUGGUAAGCUGUUACAAAUGGUCCGCCUCAAAACUCCUCUUUUAUCACCUCAUGUUCCGGUCGCAGACCCAAGAACACACGCAUCCAUUGAGCAGCUCCAAAAGGAAAAGGAACUGUUUGAUCCACAAGAUUUGACUGAUUCCGAGGGACCCAAGAAAGGCGAGGGCUCACCAGAGCAAACCUGGGAAAAAGAAAGAAACGCCGAAGAAGCAAAGUUCGCAUAUGGUCUGGGCAAGGCCCAAAGCAGCCUCAUUUUGUGGUCUGGCUCACAGAUAUGGCGUCUUCUACAGAAUCCUUUGGUAGUCCAACUUGAGGAUACUCUGCAAAAGGCCCAAGAGACAAAUGAAAGCGACCAAACAGUGCUGCAGAGAGAUGUUGUUUUGGACUUACUACUCUCAAUUCAGGACACGGAGCCAAAGACUGAAGCUGAGUUCAUUGGGCUCAGCUACGUGAAGCAAAAGGCGUGUCUUUUGCUCUACGGAGACCUUCUAUCUAUGCAGCCAAACGACCGUAGUGAGUCAGCAAUCAAGCAGACCGAACAAGCACUGGUGGCAGGUAACCUCGACCCUCGUCUGGCCUUGCUGCUUAUUCCCCUGCUUCGAUGCGAGGUGCUACAAGGCCCGCAGGGCAUAUGGAUACAUGCCGGACUGACUUCAAUGGCGGUGAAGUACACUCAGCAAGUCGGAAAGACAGGUGUCGAAACAUCUGGGCUAGAUGCUUCCCGCAGUCCAGUUCUGAACAUGGUAAAGCGCUUCCUUCUGUCUUGGCAGCAAAAGCGAGGAUACGGCAGUAUUACCGAUGAAUCAUAUGUAUUGGAUAGCACGGAUGCUGCGCUACUGCAUUUGACCCUGGAACAAGAUGCCUACCUGACACCCGAUCAGCGGGCAGCGUCACCACUUCGCUCUGAGUUGAACAAGUUGGUUGACAACUGGAAGGGCAACUUUGAUCGAGCAGUGAUGCUACUCGAGACAUAUAAGCGGCUAUAUGUGCUGAGCCGUUUGUAUCAGAGCCAAAAGAUGUCUCGGAAUGUGCUCAAGACCUGGCGGAGGAUUGUGGACGGGGAGACAGACGCCGGUGGAGAGGUUUCCGCAUCUGGCGUGGAAACGCAGAUGCGUAGGUACUUGGUGAAAAUCAAGGAUGCACAACUGGUCGAGGAAUAUGGCGCUUGGCUAGCUGGGCGAGAUCCUGCCCUAGGUAUCCAAGUAUUCGCGGACAAUGCCAGCCGGGUCAGACUGGAGCCAGCAGAUGUUGUUUCUUUACUCAAAGAACGGGCUCCCAAUGCUGUCCAGGCCUACCUUGAGCACCUGGUGUUUGCCAAAAAUUACACACAAUAUGCCGACGACUUGAUCUCAUACUACCUGGACACAGUGAUUGCCGUACUCGAGUCAUCGCCAGAAGCACGCGAAUCUUUAGCCGAUUCUUACUCAACCUACCGGGCCCUUCGUGCCCCGAAACCAACGUACCUAAACUUCAUCACUGAAAACACACCCGCAGAACCGUGGUGGCAGUCCCGCCUCCGCCUCCUCCAACUCUUAGGCGGAAUAUCCAGCUCCCAAUUCUCAUCAAAACCACUGCCCAUAGGAAUAAGCUACUCAAUCCCAGCGGUGCUUACCCGCAUCGAACCAUUUCAAAACGAGCUCGUCUCAGAAUGCAUUAUCCUAGACGGCCUUCAAGGCCACCACCGCGCCGCCCUCCGUCUUCUGACCCACGGUCUAGGCGACUACGACUCCGCAAUCCGCUACUGCCUCUUCGGCGGCCCGCGCAGCUCCUCCUCUUCAACUGGAACACCGCCAGACCUAGCAGAACACACUCUGCAAUCCUCCCUCUUCCGCCAUCUCCUAGACGAAUUCCUCCAAAUCAAAGAUCUAUCAGACCGCAUCGAGCGCACAAGUGAUCUCCUCGCUCGCUUCGCGGCUUGGUUUGAUGUUCGUGAAGUCCUCGAGCUCGUUCCGGAAGAUUGGAGCGUCGACAUUCUCGGCGGCUUCUUCGUGCACGUCUUCCGAGCCCUCGUUUCGCAGUCGAGAGAGUCGCGCAUCGAGCGUGCCCUCAGUGCUGGUCUGAACCUGCGUAUUGGCGCUGAGUACAUCGAUGGCAUGGAGAAGGCUGGGCCUUGGGUUGAAGAGAACGAGGGGGUGAGACGGUUGAAGGAUGCUCAGCAGAAUGAGGCUUUGCAGACUGACAGUGCUGAUGAUGCUGACCAUGACUCUGAUGAUUUCGGGGAGACAGUGGGGCCUGAAGAAGUGGGACAGUAA